UGCUUUUUUCAAAGCUGCAGUCAGCCUUGUUCCUGAAGUGCCAAAAAUGAUCAGUGUGGAUGGAAAGAUGCGACCUUCUGAUGCCUUCCUCCUGGAAUUCCUUUGUAAUUUUUUUUCCACAUUAUUAGUUGUUCCGGACCAUCCAGAGCAAGGAGUGUUGUUUCUUGUACGAGGAUUACUCAAUGUGAUCCAGGAUUACACUUGGGAGGAUAACAGCGAUGACAAAGUCAGGAUUUAUACUAAUGUUUUGCAUCUGCUGUCUGCAAUGACUCAAGAAACAUUUAUCUACCAUGUAGAUAAAGUGGAUUCCAAUGACACCCUGUAUGGUGGAGACUCCAAGUUCCUGGCUGAAAUUAAUAAACUGGGUGAAACAGUGACAGCACAGAUCGUGGAUCAUCUGAAAACCCUUGGAAAGGAAGAGACCCAAAAGCGGCAGAGCCAGUUAGCACUCUAUUUCUUUAACACUAUCCUAGCUCACGGGGAUCUACGAAACAACAAAAUAAACCAGCUCUCAGUCAACCUCUGGAACCUUGCUCAGAAACAUGGCUUUGCUGACACCAAGACUAUGGUGAAAACUCUGGAUUACAUCAAGAGACGAAGCAAACAGCCUGACAUGAGUCACUUCACAGACCUGGCCCUUCGGCUUCCUCUGCAGUCCAGGACCUGAUGAAUUCCCCUUUUCCAAGGAGUCAUCUGUACAGCAGAGCAUGUAGCCAAGGCCAAAAAUCACUGAUCUGAUUUUGACAGUGUGUUUUUACUUAGUGUGACAGAUUUACUUGGGCACAAGAAAGGUAAAACUGUUCUGAGUGCAAUAAUUGAACCUGAAUUUCUGUUCCCAGUUUUACCA